GUCGCUUUUGUUAAUCAACGCUAUUGGAUUACAGAAAAUCGAGCUAAAAUGGGUCGUUUGACAGUCUAUUGGGGUUUGAUGUUGCUGAUUUUGAGUUGCGGGGCAAUUUGUUCCUCUGCUCUUACCACAUUUUCCUUGGAAGAUAAACUGCAAGAAUUAGAACUGAGACUAGAAGCCAAAAUUGAAGCUAAAAAUGCUCAACUUGAAGAAAAGGUGACACAACUAGAGGCGCAACUCGAACUGAAUAAUGAACUAAGACAAGAUUUGACAUUGAAAGUAAUACAAUUAGAGGCCAAAAAUGUCCAACUAGAAGUCAAAAUUCAGGAGCAAGAAAGAAUUUUAACUUCCUUGUUAGAAGCGGCUGAACUUCCGGUUUCCGCUGAUUCAAAAUUAUUUCCAAUUAAUAAAGAAAUUUCAAUUCAAUCAAAUGGAAGGAGUGGAAUCCCAAGGACAUGCAGAGAACUUCGUGCGGCCGAUCCUUCACUUUCAUCCGGAAUGCACUGGAUCGAUCCGGACGGACAAGGUGUCGGCGAUGAUCCAAUUUACGUUUACUGCGAUAUGACAUCAGGAUCGACCUCAGUUCUACACGAUAGUGAAUCUUCUUUAAAUGUGGGACACUGCGCCGAUGCCGGUUGCUAUUCACGCUCCAUCAACUACAAUUCGUCAAUGGGACAAAUAAAAGCUUUGAUGGAAUUAUCGACUGAAUGCCACCAGUCGAUUAGAUACGACUGCAACUAUGCCCCAUUCGAGUCAAAUGACGUCGCUUAUUCCUGGUGGAACGACAGAGAGGGAAAUCCACAAUAUUUUUGGGCCGGAAAUAACACGGACGGAGUUCACACCUGCCAGUGCGGAAUUGAUGGAAAUUGCGUCGAUCCUGCGGCGAAAUGCAAUUGCGAUGCUCUUGCACCACUUCAAUUAGUCGACGACGGUGUCAUUACCGACAAAAAUGUUCUGCCCGUCACUCGAUUGAAUUUCGGACGAACUCAACUGGAAACUUCAUCCGGCGUCCACACCCUUGGCCGACUCGUGUGCACCGGAUUAGUGACUUUGACUGGACUGCCAAAGUCGUGCCAGGAUUUGUGGUUGAUUGGCCACACCCUGAACGGAUUUUAUUCCGUCAUGGGAUCGGCGAAAAUGGAAUCCGUUUACUGCGAUUUCACUAAACUACCGGACGAUGCGGGUUUUCAAAAAUGGAUUGGAUACGUCAACGUCAAAUCGACGCCCGUCCAUUUCUACGUCCAGAGAAAUGAUUCAUUUUCCACAAUUGGAAGUGCAAUUCCGUUCAAUUUGGCGCUUGUGAACGAGGGAAAUGCCAUGGAUUUGGCAUCGGGAAUAUUCACGGCACCGCGACCGGGAAUUUAUUUUUUCUCUUUCGCGGGCCGGGGGCGCCUUUUAUCUUCAUCUUAUUCUUGGUUUGAUUCUAAUUUUUAUUUGAACGGGAAUGUAAUCGGGAGGAGUGGUAUAUCCGAGAAUAAGAGCCCCGUUGAUCAAUUCAGUCCGUUGACCGUCCAGUCGACGCUGAAGUUGAAAAAAGGCGAUCAACUUUGGGUGACGAUUGAUUAUGAGGGUUCAUCUUCGUAUUUGUUUGACGACAGUUCCCACUUUACCCAUUUCACGGGUUUCAUGUUGGAGGAGGAAAUUGCCACGUCCCUUUGAGGUUCAAUUUAAUCG